AUGCAGAGGAGUACUUUUUGUUCUCCUUCUAUGGUCGUGAAUUUUACUUUGAUGUUGAGGAUUUUGGAGUGGGGAAGCUUGGUGGAAUCGGAGAGUGAUGUCGUGGUUUUGUUGAAGAGCUUGUUGCAGAAGAAUUUGCUUCACGAGUCCGUUGUGUGGUCUCUGGUUCUACAUGCGAAGGUUGCGUUUGGGGAUUUGGAUUUGGUGUGGGCAUUAGAUGGGAGAGUUGAGGAGGCUACUGUUUUGGUUCGUGAAAUGGAGGGGAAGAGGCUGAGGCCAUACGGUGAGACGUUUGGGCACAUUGUUGUUGCGGUGGAUUCAGGAGUGUGUGAGGGUUUCAGUACAAUGCUUGGAGUAAUGCUUCCAGAAACUAGUUUUCCCCAAUUGAAAAAAGAACUUUGCCUUAAUUUGUAA